AUGGAGCUCAACGGCGGCUCUUGCAUCGCCAUGGUCGGCAAGGGCUGCGUCGCCAUCGCGUGCGACCUGCGCCUCGGCAACCAGGCCCUCACCGUUGCGUGCAACUUUGAAAAGGUCUUCCCGGCAACCGACCGCACCUACUUUGGCCUGCCCGGCCUCGCAUCCGACACGAUCACGGUGCGCGACAAGCUCCGGCAGCGCGUCAACCUGUAUGGCAUGAAGGAGGAGCGCACCAUCGAACCCGAGACGUUCUGCCACCUCGUGUCGAGCACCCUGUACGAGCGCCGCUUUGGCCCGUACUUUGUCGAGCCUGUCGUCGCAGGCCUCAACAGCAAGGACGAGCCCUUCAUCGCCGCGACCGACCUCAUCGGCUGCAUCAACUUUGCAAAGGACUUUGUCGUGUCGGGCACGGCGUCCGAAAAGCUGUUCGGCAUGGCCGAGUCGCUGUGGGAGCCCGACCUCGAGCCCGAGGACCUGUUCGAGACGGUGAGCCAGACGCUCCUCAACGCCGUCGACCGCGACGCCUACUCGGGAUGGGGCGCCGUCGUGUGGAUCAUCGAAAAGGACAAGGUGACGAAGCGGUGGCUCAAGGCGCGCAUGGACUGA